GACGUGCUGUGUGACGUGUAGAAGGGGCGGAAGGGGAUGUUUGUGUUUUGGUCCUAAAUGGGAAGUUGCAAGAAGAAAGAAAAAGGAGGAGACGUGAUCUGGGUUGUUUAAAUUAAUUCUGAAGCCCUGACGUGCGGGACAGACACUGACCGGGGUAUCUGACUAGGUCAUGGCCAACAGGGGAGGAGCUACGAGACCCAACGGGUCUAAUGCUGGGAACAAGAUCUGCCAGUUCAAGUUGGUGCUGCUGGGGGAGUCGGCGGUGGGAAAGUCCAGCCUGGUGCUCCGCUUCGUCAAGGGCCAGUUCCACGAGUUCCAGGAGAGCACCAUAGGAGCGGCCUUCCUGACUCAGACGGUGUGUCUAGACGACACAACGGUGAAGUUUGAGAUCUGGGACACAGCUGGACAGGAGCGCUACCACAGCCUGGCGCCCAUGUACUACAGAGGGGCGCAGGCUGCCAUCGUGGUCUACGACAUCACAAAUGAGGAGUCAUUUGCGCGGGCCAAGAACUGGGUGAAGGAGCUGCAGAGACAAGCCAGCCCCAGUAUUGUCAUCGCUCUGUCAGGCAACAAGGCUGACCUCGCCAGCAAGAGAGCAGUCGACUUCCAGGAUGCCCAGUCUUAUGCAGACGACAACAGCUUGCUCUUCAUGGAGACGUCGGCCAAGACGUCUAUGAAUGUGAACGAGAUAUUCAUGGCUAUUGCAAAAAGAUUGCCCAAGAGCGAGCCUGCAGCCGCUGGAGCUAACAGCGGGCGGAACAGGGGCGUCGACCUAACGGAAGCCGCCCAGCCAACCAAGGCCCCCUGCUGCAGUAACUAAUGCGAAGCCCCACCCCCCCCCCCACUUCAGUAACUAAUGCGACCAAUGCCCGACUGCCGCUGCAGUAAACUAAUGCGACGUUUUUUCAGAGUUGUUCAUCGGAAUUAUGGAUGCAUGUAUCACUACAAGGCCUAACAUGAUGAUGAUAAAAAAUAUCUGUUUUAACUUUUCAGUGGCACACAAAACAUCUUAGAGUGAGAAGAGGAGUGUCUCCAAAAACUCUGACAGUAAAAAGAGAGGGAGAGACAAGAAGGGAAGAGGCUCCAAAGGUUCGUUAGGGCUAAAUCAUCACGAAGCUAAAGAAAAUACUGUUUAGCAGUGGACUUGGGUCCCUGCUAGUUUCUCUCUCUGUUGAUUCCUUUGUCUGUCUGCCCUCGUCUUUCUCUUGCGUAACGUAUUCAUAUGCUUUCCCAACUAAACCUUUAGUAGCGCUAGUGUAGAGUUGCUCCCCUUUCUCUCUCCUGGCCCCAUCCCAGGGCCUUGCCUGCUUCUAUCGUUCAGUCCCAAAUCAAACCUUAACUAACUCCUAAACCAGGGGUGUCGAACUCAUUUUGCCCCGGGGGCCUCAUUCGGUCUUCAACAAGGUCUGAAAGGGCCGCACUGAAAAUGUCUUAUUUCCUUGCCGCCAUCGUUUUGGAAAUGUUAUAUUCUCCCUGACUGUCUAGUGAUUAUUAGCCAGCUGGACAGUCAAUAAACUGUAUGCAUUUAGGUCCA